GAUUUCCCCCGAACCUUGGACCAGCGAGUUUACCACCUCGGCCUGCGCGCCGGUGAAGUGGCCAAUCGUAUCAUCACUGUAGGCUCCCCGUCUCGGGCGGGGUCUAUAGCAUCGUUCCUCGAUGCUGAACCCAAACCCUUCCGGAUCACCUCCGAGAGGGGUUUCCUGACCAUUACAGGUCGAUACAAGGGUGUCCCGGUCUCGAUCUGCAGCAUCGGAAUGGGCCACCCUAACAUGGAUUUCUUUGUCCGUGAGGUGCGCGAAUGUCUGAGUGGCGAUAUGAUUGUCGUUAGGCUGGGAUCCUGCGGGUGUCUGCUGGAUCAUCCUGUUGGCACCAUUGUUGUCCCAAAAGCUUGUGUAGCUGUCAGUAGGAACUACGAUUACGACUUUGGGAUCGGCAACUCCCCCGAGCCUCCGUAUAGAAUUAGCAAACCAAUCGCGGCUGGCUUCCAGCAACCGGAUGCACUAUCCAGAGUUCUAUCCGACGUCGUGAAUGCCUCAGCAGAUAGCUUCUACUCUUCGCAAGGAAGACAAACCUCGUUUCCGGACCACAACCAAGAUUUGAUCCCAACCCUCCUAUCCUCUAUACCCGGUCUUGCGACUCUCGAGGUCUGUCGUUUGUCGCUUCCGAAUCACCGACUACUAAUUCUCCCGUGGACGACGAUAUAG